AUGGGUGAAUCUCCAGUCAACCUCGCAGCACACAUAGAUUUUAUCGGCCACGACCGCAGAGAAUACGAUUUUGGGAUGGUGGCCAAGAGGCUACGCGAUAUCAAAAGGGACAUUAAAGACUUAUUUCAUGAUCCAAAGGACGAAUUGCGGACAUAUCGUGGAAUUGCCGGCGCACUGAACAACGAUGAGAUAGAUUUUAUCCGGCGUACGAAAGCACAAAAGAAAUUUUCAGAGUUUCUUUAUGAGAAUCUCAAAAGACACAACACCUGCCCCGGAACCCACAAAGCUCGGUUGCACCUCUCUGGAUUCGUCGACAAUGAUGUAAAUAUCGAUCUCAUUAAUGAACCUCAACCGCAGGAGAAACAGACCGCGAGCGGCGUAAGAACCCGUUCGAAAAUGAAACUUGAAAGACAUACAUGCCUUAGCAUCGGGCCUAAUGCUAAUGAAUUGAUACUCUGUGAGACCCAAUCCCGACAUGUGAAUGAUUUCGACCAGGAUUCCAGACACUUGCUUCCAGAUCUUUUGUCUCGAAGAGCCGACUUUAAUGGCUCGGACUUGAAGAUGGUUCAGCUUUUAGUAGCCUCCUCGCUUCUAAAUGCAACUUUGUGGUUAAAGCACGCAGAGCUAGAUAUCACUUCCAUCUCUUUUGACAAAUCUUCCGAGUCUACGUGGCCAUGGAAGCUGGGUGUGGACUGUACCCUUGAAGGAACUCUUUCCAACGACAUACACUAUGAUGCUGCUGUGUCGUUUGGCCUCUUUCUAAUAGAGACAGAAAGGGGUGAGCGUAUACAGCCAACCGACGAGGAACAAGAUUGGGAGUCAGGUCUGUGGGCGAAGGACAGCACUCUAUUCCGUGUCCUUGGUGAAUCAGGAAGCUCAGUGACGGAUCCUUACAGAUAUAUUGCUCUGGCGUGCCUGGAGAUCAAUGAUGCCACGGCCGAAGUUUGCGACGAAAGAUUGACCAAGGACAUGUUGCAGAUCGCAACACUCUACAGGCAUAUUUUCGCCCCUCUUUAUAAAUUCGCCAGAGAGAGCUACCACCAAAUAUCGGCCGUCACACGAGCAAGACAGUUUCGAACAGAGUUCAAGACUUUCAUAAAUAUGAUUAGUAGUCUGGAACCGAUCAAUGUGUCGGAUAUCGAGCGCAGGGAAAAAAUUAAGAUAGCAGUGAUCGACAGUGGCAUAGAUAAAGGCGACACUAUUAUCGCAGAGAACAUGGACCGUAUCAAGUAUCGGUGCGGCUUUGUCAGCGACGCCGGAGAAGGACCGCGCUCUGGUGAUUGCGAAGAUGAAUUAGGUCACGGCACCCAUGUCACACGGCUGAUUCUGGAGAUGGCCCCUGAAGCAGAGCUAUAUGUUGCUAAGAUCUCCGACAAGAAGACCAUACAGAGCUCCGACCUACAUCGACUCGUUCGGGCCAUUGAAUGGGCGUGCAAAAAAAAGGUGCACAUCAUUUCCCUAUCUCUUGGAAUAGACAUGGACAACAAUCGAGAGCUUGGUCGGGCCAUUCAAGCUGCCAGAGAUUCCAAUAUCACCAUCUUCGCGGCCGCGUCCAACGGUGGCGGCAACAAGCCGAGGUCAUACCCAGCAAGUCGUCCAUUCGGCGUUAUAUGCGUCCAUGCCAGCGACGGCCUGGGCAAUAAAGGAGGUAUCAACCCGACUCCGCUUAAACGUGGCGACAACUUCUUGACCCUCGGCAUCGGUAUUGAAUCAAAGUGGAAAGGCAACGAUGUUAUAAAGUCUGGAACGUCGUUUGCGACGCCGGUAAUGGUCGCCAUAGUAGCCAACGUGCUGAAAUUUGCUCUACACAAGUGCGAUCUGGACAGUUACCGGUUUGACAGGCUCCGUGAGUACGAUGGCGUAUGUCAGAUCCUGCGACUUAUGGCCCGGGAGCGAGAUCAAUACGAUUAUGUCAUGCCUAAUUCCCUCUUCGGGCGCUAUGAUGAUAAUCGCAUAAAGCAUGAGCUUCUCAGAAUUAGCGAUCCCUAA